AGCAACGAUUGUUUCGUCGUUGCUGUUGUGUAUUACCGGGCUUAUUGCGUGCGCAACGCCGAGCGGUGCUGCUGCGAAACAGCAGAUCUACUUCUAUCUGUUUAUCCACCCUCGGUCGCUGUAUCGGUUGAUUGAUUGAAUUAUUUUUUUAUCCCCUCCCUUUCUUGUCAUGGAUCUGCGCAGUCGAUCAGAGAGGCGCGUGGCGGAUGGCAACGGCGCUGCUGACGCAGCCUUACUUGCAGACGACCCCUACGACGACCGGCACCGCCAAACCAAAGCGCUGGCACGGUUCGAGCGGCAGAAGGUCGCGUGGGAACGCAUGCAAAAGCACCUCAUGUCCGUAACCGCACCCGCCUCGUCGCGCAUAACGAAGGGUACCGCCGCCACCAGCCGCGGCAGCAGGGAACUCGCGCACACGAUGGGCAGCUCCGUGCCCAACAUGGUUAUUGCCACCGCGGCUGCCCGGUUGAAAGCCGAGGACGACACCCUUCUGCACGUCGCCACCGCGGCGUCGCAUCGCGGUGAUGGGAGUCACGCGUGGGAGGGUCUCCUGCGCAGUACAAAUGAGCAGGGCACUCGGCGGCUCGUGCCCAUCGGUCGCACCUGCCAACCGUACCCGCUCUACGGCGAGGUGCACGACCCGAGCACGCUGCCGGACGACCACCUCGCCUUUGCCCGCGUCGUCUCGGAAGAGGACGCGAUGGAGGCGUCCAAUGGGCUCGAGAGCCGCAGCCAGCCGUUCGCGCAGUCGACGCUGUCGGGCGGCGGCACGUGGAGCGGCGGCAGCAGCAAGCUCAUGCGAGAACACACGGUGGCCAAGCAGCGCGUCAAGGCCGCCCUCACCAACACCACCACCACCAAAGCGGCUCCAAAGGACCUUUUCAUCGACGAGGCCGCAUCGCUUCCGCACACCGCGGCGGCCUACGAGGACGCCGAGAAGGAGCUCUCCCCCUCGUCCUACUACGAGGAGCAGCUGCGGCGGUUCGCGCCCUACGUGCAGAAUCGGCUGGGGCAUUUCCUGCAGCCCCGCACCUUCCUGCACGUGGAGGGCCACCCCGCUCCACACGCCACCCCCGAGGACGAGACGCGCCUGCGAGAGACGGCAGCGGCAGCGGCAGCAGACGGAGAAGACGACGCGCCGGGAUCGGUACCACCGGUGGAGUACUUCCCUCCGCCCCCGCAACCACCACAGACGCAGCUGUGGACCUCCAGCGCCUUCGCCAGCCGUCUGCCCAGUCGGAAUAGCGCCAACAGCGCCGCCGCCGCUGCUGCUGUUUCUGCUGCCGGUGCUGCUCUUUCGGUUCACAGUGCCGCGACGUCCGCGCGCCGUGCGGAUCAGCGGAGUUCGAUGGGUGAAAAUGACGACGGCGAGGACGAGCGUGAACUCCCGCGUGACAGCAUCGCCACCGCACAGCCGCACUACACGGAGUCGAGCACGACGGACGGCGACCACCACAACGACACGCAGCGCUCACAGCCGCCGUCGCCGCUGCACCCAAUGCGGGUGCAGGAGAAAGUGACCUCUGUGCAGGCGGACAAGGGGAACAACGCGUUGACACUGGAGCCGCAAGACGGACCGGCGAUGGAGCUGUCGACCCGCUCUCUCCUUUUUCGAACCUGUCCGCGUGAGCUACUGCAGGGCAGUGCGACGCUGCGGAACACGGGCACCACAACAAUUUACUACAGCUGGGCAGUGGUGGACGCGAUGCAGGAGCACCUGCGCGAGCUCUACGAAGCGGAGCACGAGGCAGAGAAAGACGAGGAAGAGGUGGCAGCAGCCGGUGGUGAGCAGAGCGACAGACGCAGUGAAACCAAGAGACAUCGACAGCCAAAGGUCAAGCCAGACACAGCGCUUCCCUACGCAUCCUUGAGUCUCACACAUCAGUUGGCCGCCCACCAGCACAACGCGCGCGAGUCCUUCUUCUUCAUGUCCGCCCCAAUGAACGGCGUCGUGUUGCCGGGCGAGGAGGUCAUCUUUCCCUUCUCGGUGCGGGCCACUCGUGAGGGCGUCUUCCAGAGCACCUACGAGCUGCUCACCGUACCGCCCGCGCCGGAGCGCGUCUUUGUGCGGCUGCGCGCCCUUGUCCAGCGGGACGGGCCGACACUUGAGUGGCUCGCCCGUCCCGUGGCCGCGGCGCUUGAGGCGAAGGUGGCGGUCGACGCGCAACGGCGACUGGUGCAGCACCUCAGCUCGAACACGCGCGCGAUUGCCGCGUCGGCGCUGCACGAUCGCGUAGCCGCGCUGGACGGCGCCGUAGAGGUGGCGAAACGGGCUGAGAAGGCGACACGUCGCGCGCAGGCGGAGGCGUGGCACAGCGCGAAUCGCAUGACCUUUGACCGCAUCCCCUAUCAUGCAGCGGUGUACGACAAGCUGGCGAAGCUGUCCGCUGUGGUGCGGGAGACGUAUGUACUGCUGAGCAAAGGAGACGACAAGACAGGCAGGGCGAAAGCCGCACCGCAGCCGCCACAGCCGAAGGAGAAGGAAACGGCGUCGGGCGGGGCGGCAGAGUCGCGCGUAGUUGACACUCCGCAGAACCAAGGCACCGCCCCCGCUGCUGUGGUGACAAUCCUUUCUCCAGCUCCGAAAGACCCACAGGCACCACCACCGCCGCAACUGCAGCAGCAGCAGCAGCCACUUCCUCCUCCAUCCGAAGAGGAAACGCUCUCCCUGACAACGAUUCAGUGGGACGGCGCGCUAUUGCCCCUCUUGUACCAGAUCAUGCACAUCCGCGACAACGCCACACGACAGGUGUUUCUGGAGGCGGUGCAAGUACUCCUGCGCGCUGCUCGCGCCGCCAGCGAUGUGAAAGCGGCCAACAAACCGGGGACCGGCAGCGGUGCCGUUCGCGGAAACCAACACGGUGACCCCACGACGGUGAGCGGCAGGGAGGAGGAAAACAACGAGGGCGGGGAUGAUGCAGAGGAGGAAGAGGUUCCGCUGACGAUGCUGUUGCAACGUGCCGCCGCCGCCCUCGCCGACGCCGUUGUGUCGCGCCAGCAGACGAUUGUGGAGAAGCAGUGUGAGGGUUUUUCCGCACAGCCCGUCAAGCCCGCCGCCGCGCUCUCGCUGUCGCCUGCGCCGCCGUGCGAAAGCGGGACCACCAGUGGCACAGGGAAAGGCCGCGCCACGUCCUCCUCGGCGCAGAGUGGGAGCGGCGGCAGUAGUGCUGGCAACAGAGCUGCGAAGAAGAACGCAGCCGCUCCGGGCAGCGCGCGUGGCGCCACCGCCGACUCGCGGGAGAACAAGAACGCCGCGUCUGCUGCGGACGGUGGUGCUGGCAGUACGGCGGCACCCCCCACGAUCACCGCUGCACAGCGUCUUCUGAUGAGUGCGAUACCGGCAGCUGCCUUGGAGGGGUUCAGCGUGACGCAGGCCAAUGCCGAAACGGCGAGGCUGUGGAGGGCGGCUGAGAAAGGCGUGGGGCAGGCACGCAUGGAAGGCGAACUGGCGGCGGCAAAGAAAGCUUUUACGGAGCUACUCACCGCGCUGUUUCGCGAAGUCAUCGACGCCGCGUGCGAUCGCACACCUCUGGCGACCUGCACGGCGACUCGGCUGGCGGAGUUGCGAGAGGUGCAGCAGAGUACGCCGCUGGUGGUGGACAUGAGCGUGGAUCCGCUGGUCGCCCCUCCCGUUGGGAAGACGAGCAAGAGGAAGUAG